AAAUCUGGAUCUAGCCAUCCGGGUGUGAGUCAAACAUCUGGAAAUCAGUCCAGUCUAGCACACUCGCCGACAGCGCAUGAGGUAUUGGAGGGGGAUGAUGUGAGUGAAACGGCGGCGAUAGCGGCGGAGCGAGGGGGGAUGGAAGAUUAAGGAUGGUGUUGGAGGAAAUUGAAGGUCGUAGCCCAACUUGUGGAGGCUUUGAGUUCAGGUAAAACCAAUUUCUUUUAAGGCACAUAAUCGAUUGGGAAUCGGGAAGCUAUUAGUCGACCAGAUCUUUCGUCCUCUUUGGUGAUGAUGACCAGCGCGGGGAGUUCUGGCGGCAGAGAAGAUUUGUAUGCCUCCUCAAAUUGCCC